UUAUUUUGUAGCUAUCCCUUGAACAACAGUGAUCUGCAUCAGUUCAACAUUGAGGAGAAUGGUGGAACACCAUAUAGCGCAAAAAUACCUGCAAGGCACCACCACCACCACCGUCAUCACCACCACCACUCUAAUUAUGGCGCCCUUGCUCCCGACAGCAAAGACAUUGUUUCUGGAGUUCCAAAUCCAAAUAGCAUCUUUUUAGAAUUGAGCUCAGGACUUCCCCUUCUUUAUGAUGAAACUUCUCAUCUGAAGAAAAUAGAAACCGAGAGUGUGAAGGUAGUUGGACCAUGGCCAGCCCUGCACGUCAGCAUGAACAAGGGUGAAGAGAAAAAGGUACCUGAAAAGACUCUUCAUGCCCCUGUUUCACCUUCCUCUGUACCUGAUCAUAUGAAGUGCAACAUCCUUAAAGCUCAAGUAGAAGCUGCUUUUAGAGUAGGCACCCAGCUGGAGAAUCAAACUACAGCGUGCAUGGGGAUGCUUGGAACCGAAUCCAGGAGCACACUGCUGCAGACACCACAGGCUGUGAAAGAAGAGACCUCUUUUGUAAAUCCCAGUAAGACCUCCAGCCUGCAGGACCCUAAUGUAAGAAGUCCAGCUCCAGUGCGACCUGAAACUACGCCAUCAACUGGCCCUACAGAAAAGCAGGAAAUUAAAGUUUCUCGUGUGAGGAAGUUAACAAGACAGUAUAGCUUUGAUGAAGAUGACCUUCCACCAGCACUGGCGGCAGCAGCAGCAUCAACCUCUGUGUCUUCAGCAUCUCCCGGGUCACAGAAAACUUGUACACCACAGACGUCAGAAGGACAAACGCAGGUUUCACCUGGUGGCAAGAGUUCCACAGAUGCUGGGAGUACUUUUGCUUUGGAGCCAGGUGACCUUCUGAUGGAUUUCACAGAGGCCACACCUAUGAUAAAGACAUUCCCUGCUGAUACAUCUAAUCCUUUUUUCGAUCCUUUUACAACAGUACCACAGUUUUCUGCAGAAUUUACGGACAGCAAAUUGCAGUGCUGCGCGGUGCAGUCGUCGCCUAAGCUAUCGCCGGUCUCUCCUUCACCCGUCCUGAGAUCUUUGGCAGAGACUAUACCAACUCCAACGGUGCAGACAAUAUACACGUCACAUAAACCAAUUUCGCUGGCGGACAGCGCUGAGACUCUGAGGCGUGAACUUGAGAGAGAGAAAAUGAUGAAAAGACUCUUGAUGACAGAAUUAUGAAAUUCUCGCUUCCGUCAGAUGGAGAAUGGAUUGGGGCCUUUCAUGUGCCUUCUGUCUGUUUACAUUCCUCUGCUUCUGUGUACUCAACAUAAUGCAUCGGGAAAACGUGUGAUAAUCCUGACUCGCCUGGAUUCACCACGGUCGGUUAAAAUUAAGUCUCGGCUAGACUUUAACUUGAAGGAGUUCCUUUAUUCGUUUGCUGCUGGGAAAUAAACCUUCAAUCCUUUGUCUCUCCUGAGAUUUUAUACUAUUAACACAGUUAAUUUCAGGUUUGGUUUUGGUAAAUCUAGGGCAAAAAGGAUCAGCGAGGAGCAUACUGAUUUCUAUUGGGAAACACUGUUCUGUACAUAUGUUAAUAAGUGCACAGAAAUUAAUGUUAUGCAGAAUAUUUUGAUAGUAACAUAGAAAAUAUGUCAUUUUGUACAACUGAAAAUUGCAAUGAGCUACUGCUAUUUGUUAAAGAAUCAUUUUUAAAGCAGAAGAAUGAUUAUUACAUCCUAACCCCAGGACUGUUAGUCUCCACAGAAAAACGAAUGGUUGUCUUAUUAAAUUCCUAACCUUAACCUUUACUCAGAGAUAUAAAUAGCUGCAAGGGGGAGGACACCCCUCCGUACAGGUAUACGCACCCAACGCUCCCCAUAGUCCGCCAUCUUGACCUAAACCUGAAACUAAAUCUUACUUUAUUUCCAUUAAAGAUAAAAAAAACAAACUGUUGUUUAAAGUAAUUUGCUACUGACUUUCUAGCUUGAUACUGACUUUUUUUAACUCAGUGGGAAGUUUUAACUUCUCCAGGUUGCCUAGGCACGAGGGCCUGCCCACACUCAGAGGGCUUCUGCCCUGCGCUGGAGGUUGCAGAGCCGCAUCAGCGUGGGCACAGCUUAUACAGGGAGGGUGUUUUCCCUCCUGGAUAGACAAACCACCUUCCUGACCAGCAGUAAUGGAUGGCUCACAUUAAAAAAUAACAAUAGUUUGUGGCCUUGCUGUGUCUCUACCCAUUUUUCACACUACUAAUCAGCACAUCCCUAGGGGCAAGGCCUUGAAGGUUGGCUUCACACAUGCAGGCCGCCUGCGCUUGUGGUGGAAAUGUCUCAGGCACAAGGUUCAGUGGUGGGUGUUCCCCUGUCAGCAGGACCUCAAGGAGUGUGUUUAUGGCAUGCAGGUAAUGCAACCAACAGGUUCCUAUUUAAAAAUAAAUUUUAAAAAAUAGUUCUCCAUUUCCCUGUGUUCAGCAGUGCAGGGUUUUCUACAAAGCCACCACCAACUGACCGUCAGCUACAAGGUACUAUUCCAACAGGAAAGCUUUUGUGCGUUUUGUGUGGCUGAAGAUGUUUUUUUUUCUGUUACUCUGUACACUGUGUUCUCUAGUUUGUAUUAAGAUAAAAGAUCGUCCUUAA